GGGUGCUGUGUGCUGGGGGCACAGCGGGGUUACCAUGUAUUAUGUGAUCGCGGCCAUGAAAGCUCAAAUCGAAAUAAUUCCGUGCAAAAUCUGUGGGGACAAAUCAUCAGGGAUCCAUUACGGGGUCAUCACGUGCGAAGGCUGCAAGGGAUUCUUCCGACGGAGCCAGCAGAGUAACGCCACAUAUUCAUGUCCACGCCAGAAGAACUGUUUGAUAGACAGGACAAGUCGAAACCGAUGCCAGCACUGCCGAUUGCAGAAAUGCCUUGCAGUGGGCAUGUCACGUGACGCUGUAAAAUUUGGCCGCAUGUCCAAGAAACAGAGGGACAGUCUGUAUGCCGAGGUACAGAAACAUCGCAUGCAGCAACAGAGAGACCACCAGCAGCAGCCAGGAGAGGCAGAACCACUAACUCCUUCAGGGUACAGUCUAACUCCCAAUGGGCUCACAGAGCUGCGUGAUGACAUGGGUAGUUACAUAGAAGGGCACACACCAGAGGAGGGAAAAACGGAAUCUGCUGUGAGCAGCUUCUACCUUGACAUUCAGCCAUCUCCUGACCAGUCUGGUUUGGACGUCAACGGCAUCAAACCUGAGCCGCUAUGCGACUACACACCAGCCUCUUCCUUCUUCCCAUACUGCUCAUUCACCAAUGGAGAGACCUCUCCAACAGUUUCAAUGGCAGAACUUGAACAUCUUGCUCAGAACAUCUCCAAGUCCCACAUGGAAACCUGCCAGUAUUUACGGGAGGAGCUGCAGCAGAUAACAUGGCAAACUUUCCUCCAGGAAGAGAUUGAAAGCUAUCAGAGCAAGCAACGAGAGGUGAUGUGGCAGCUAUGUGCAGUAAAGAUCACAGAGGCCAUACAGUACGUGGUGGAGUUUGCCAAACGCAUUGAUGGAUUUAUGGAGCUCUGUCAGAAUGACCAGAUAGUGCUGCUGAAAGCAGGCUCUUUAGAAGUCGUAUUUAUCCGAAUGUGUCGUGCCUUCGAUUCACAGAACAACACAGUCUAUUUUGAUGGCAAAUAUGCUGGCAUAGAAGUGUUUAAAUCCCUAGGGUGUGAAGACUUCAUAAGCUUUGUAUUUGAGUUUGGGAAGAGUUUGUGCUCCCUGCACCUGACAGAGGAUGAGAUUGCGCUGUUCUCUGCCUUUGUGUUAAUGUCAGGAGAUCGAUCUUGGCUUCAGGAAAAGCUGAAGAUUGAGAAGCUCCAACAGAGGAUCCAACUCACGCUCCAACAUGUUCUUCAGAAAAACCACCGUGAGGAUGGGAUCCUAACCAAGUUAAUAUGCAAAGUCUCAACCCUGCGUGCGUUGUGUGGACGUCACGCAGAGAAACUCAUGGCGUUCAAAGCAAUAUAUCCGGACAUUGUCAGACAUCACUUUCCACCCCUCUAUAAGGAACUUUUUACCUCUGAAUAUGAGCCAGCCAUGCAACUCGAGGGAUAGGAGAAACUUCUGAUGACGGCUGGAACACCCACUGCUUCAGGAGAGAAUAUUCAGAAUCUACUGCACACAUAAGUGUGAACAUAGAGAAGAGGAACCAAGACACUUUACGCAAACCUGGAUGCCAGAGGAGAGGGCGAGGGGUGACAUGAUCAGACUUUUGUCCUUAACCUCUCACUCCCCAGGGUUAUUGUUUACAAGAGGUUAAGGAGAGAGCUUAUGGACCAAUCGAUGGGCAGGCUGGUAAGGUAGAACCACACCUGCAUUUUUAACCGUGAGACUACAGAAGUCUCUAGCAAUACAAGCAAAAUAUUAUUUAUAUAUAAAUAUAUGUAUUACAGGGUACAUGGGCAUG